AUGGUGUUGGCGGUUGAAUUGCAGAGCAGUUCUUGUGGGAACCCUGGCGUCCCGCCUAAAGGCAUCCUGUAUGGGACACGCUUUAAUGUAGGCGACAAGAUCCGCUACAGCUGUGUAACUGGCUAUGUGCUGGACGGCCAUCCUCAGCUCACCUGUGUGACCAAUGCAGGCAAUGCUGCCGUAUGGGACUUCCCAGUGCCCAUCUGCAGAGCUGAGGACACAUGUGGUGAUACUCUGAGGGGUUCAAGUGGCAUCAUUACGAGUCCCAAUUUCCCGAGUGAAUAUUACAAUAGUGCGGACUGUACGUGGACCAUACUUGCUGAUCCCGGAGACACCAUCUCCAUCAUUUUUACAGACUUCCAGACGGAGGAAAAGUACGAUUACUUGGAGGUGGAGGGGUCCGAGCCACCAACAAUAUGGCUAUCCGGAAUGAAUGUCCCAUCUCCUAUUGUUAGCAACAAGAACUGGCUGAGGUUACACUUUGUUACUGACAGCAACCAUCGAUACAAAGGCUUCAGCGCCCAUUAUCAAGUAAACGAAGGAGGAAUCAAACAGGCCUCUAACUCCUGUCCAGACCCGGGGGAACCUGAAAACGGCAAGCGCAUUGGCAACGACUUUAGUAUUGGCGCCACAGCCCAGUUCACCUGUGAUGAAGACCACGUUCUCCAGGGCUCCAAGAGCAUCACGUGUCAGAGAGUGGCAGAGGUGUUCGCGGCAUGGACUGAUCAUAGACCUGCUUGUAGAGUAUUGCCAUGGCAACUAGUAAAAUUCAGAGCAAAAUUUGCAUGCCAGCAGUGACUUCUAGCUUUUCACAGCCCUAAUGGCUUUAAGUGUCAGUUGGCUGCCCUGGGCAAACAAACAGGAAUUGGACUGUCUCCAUCAUUCAGGAGGACACUUUAAUUAUAGCUCAAAUUGAAGUGGA